GUUCUUACAUCGUCCAUAUUCACUUCCUUGUAGGAAACGAGAUUUGUUAGUCCACGCCGUUUCGUUAAUUUGCCGACUGAAUGAGAGGCGAGUAACCGGUGAGAACUAGUCAUGUCCGGUUCGCCACCGUCGGCUGAUUCGGCAGGAUACUCGGCCUUUUACCCGGCCGGCUACCAGGCUCCAGAAACCCAUGGCCUGGACCGCAAUUUUCGGCUCACGGCCUUUUCCGAUAUGAAAGGAUGAGGGUGUAAAGUCCCGCAGGAGACACUGCUCAAACUCCUGCAGGGACUGGAGCCCGAGGCCCAGCCGGGACAGGACGGAACGGGGACAGGAGCCGGGGACGAGGCCUCGGAGUUCGGUCAGCUCGCUCCGGUCUCACACGGUCCCCGGUUAGGAAUUGGGAUGGAUUCUUGUGUCAUUCCUUUGAGGCAUGGAGGUUUGUCCCUGAUCCAGACGACAGAUUUCUUCUAUCCAUUAGUUGAAGAUCCCUAUAUGAUGGGUCGUAUAGCGUGUGCAAACGUGUUGAGUGAUCUGUACGCCAUGGGAAUUACUGAAUGUGACAACAUGCUGAUGCUAUUGAGUGUUAGUCAGAAGAUGAGCGAGAAGGAGAGAGAGCAGGCAAUGCCCUUAAUGAUGAAAGGUUUCCGUGACGCAGCUGAAGAAGGCGGGACUUCCGUGACAGGUGGACAGACAGUUGUGAACCCUUGGAUCAUCAUAGGGGGCGUGGCCACGGUAGUGUGCCAGCCUACUGACUUCAUCAUGCCAGAUGGUGCUGUACCAGGCGAUGUUCUCGUUCUGACAAAACCUCUUGGAACCCAAGUAGCCGUCAACGCUCAUCAGUGGCUGAACAUACCGGAAAAAUGGAACAAGAUCAAGUUGGUGAUCUCAAAGGAGGAGGUGGAGCAUGCUUAUCAGGAGGCCAUGCUCAACAUGGCUACCCUUAACCGCACUGCUGCUGCGCUAAUGCACAAGUUCAACGCACAUGCUGCCACUGACAUCACCGGCUUCGGGAUCAUUGGGCACGCACGGAACCUAGCCAAGCAGCAGUGCAACGAAGUGGCCUUUGUUAUCCACAACCUGCCAAUCCUCGCCAAGAUGGCUGCUGUCAGUAAAGCCGGGGGUAACCUGUUUGGCCUUCUGCACGGCACCUCCUCUGAGACUUCAGGUGGUUUGCUGAUCUGUUUGCCACGGGAGCAGGCAGCACGCUUUUGUGCUGAGAUGAAGGCGAGCCGGACGAGUUUACUGGGUGAUGGACAGCAGGCCUGGAUAAUUGGAAUUGUGGAGAAGGGGAGCCGCUGUGCACGCAUUAUCGACAAACCCCGCAUCAUCGAGGUGCCAUAUCGUGGCCUUGCAGCAGGCAACACACAGGAAAGCACCAACACCGUCACCACCAACACCAGCAGCAGCCCUGCUGAAGCUCAGCCCAACCUGGCACAGUGACACGACCUUUAACACAAGAGUGUGAUAGGAAUGUUCAUUAUUCAUCUUUGUGCUUUGUGCAUUUCACCUCUCUCUCUCUUUGGGUCUGGCUACUCUGUUUGUGUGAGUGGUGAAGGGUGUGUGUGUGUGCGAUAUGUAGUUUAUGCUGGUAAGACUGUGUGUGUGUGUGUGUGUGUGUGUGUGUGUGUGUGAGAGAGACAGAGAGAAUGCAUGCAUGUAGUGAGUGUGGAAGUGUGCGUGCUUGUGAGAGUCAGAGGAAAUAUGAGGAGGGGGUGUGUGCGCGCAUUCACUCUGCUUUUCAUUUCAUCUCCCUGUUCAGCCGAUAGGUUGAGAGCAACAGACCAAAAAUUUUCUUUUUACCUGGUGGGAGGUGGAAUGGAUUGCUUGCUUGUCUUUCUUUCUUUUUCAUCCACUUCACUCUGUCAGUCCAGUAAUAGAAAAGCUUUCGUCACUUGGUAUUGUGUUAUUAAAUCCCCUUUUAUCCCUUGGGUAUACUUUUGCUGAAAAGAAUGUUCACUCAGCAGUUUGAGCGUUGUCAGCUGGCACAAGUUGCAAAAACCAAACUGACGGCUUGUUGGAGGAACUUUGACUUUUUUUCAGUUUCCCAUCAUAUUUCUGAAAAGUCCCGACCCUUUCAACCCAAUGCAUCUUUUUUAUGACAAUCAAAGCCAGUGAAAUCCAUCAGAAGACAUCCUUUCAGCAAAACAAACAAAACACCUUGGGGAAUAAAAUCAACCCAAACAAAUUGUGGAAAAUAUUUAAUAUGGGCAAAUUUAAUUUAUGAUCUCUUAGUUACAUCAUUUGUAUUUGUGUCGUAGAUUUGAAUGUAAUCAACUGAAUUACAAAAGGUUAAUUAAUUGAUUAUUCUGCUGCCAUUGUUUUAAUUCUGAUCAGCUUGACUUUCUCAUGUGGUUGCUUAGCUGUCUGGGAUGGUUGAUUGACUUGUUAGAUGUUUACAUUUAGUUAACUUUCAUUCGAUCUCUGGAAUGUGUGCAUUUGUGUUAAUUUGUGAAACAUUUUGCAUUUGAUCAUUUGCUAUGUAUCUGUACCGAAGUGAGGAUUGGGGUUUUAUAGUCAUAGCUAGUAAUGGUGCAUCCUUUUCAUUAUGUAUUUAGGCUGCAGUAGCUUUUGGGAGGUGUGUAUCUGGUUUUGUGUGAUGCUUACAAUAAUGGCAAAUUGUGUUUUCCUGUUGAUGCUGAGGUUUAUGUCACUGCUCCUCUCUGUGUUAGCAUUCUCAUUUUAAUCAGUGGGAAGUCGGAUGUCUGACUCCUCCUCAUGUAUCAGAGAGAGGAUUGAGCAGCUCUCUCUGGUCCUGUGGAUGAGGCCAGAAUCCCAGAGGCAUCAGCUGAAUAGCUGCAGUAGUUCAGAAGCACUCACCUUUCCUGAUCAUGAUGCGUUUCCUGUUAAACCCCAGCCAAUGGGGAUGGGAGAAGUUGAUGUUAAUUAUAAGGAUGGGUGGGAACUGGUCUGCUUGGUCUAUUCGGCUGACAAGAAAAUUGUCCUUAUUUACAUAUCUUAAGACAAUAAAACAAAUGAAGGGGUUUGUGUAAA